AUUUACAUCCCUUAUUAUUUUUUCUUUAAAAGUUGUGCGAAGGACAAACAUAUUAGUACUAACGCGGAGGCAGUAAUUGGUGAAUUGGGGGGUUUAGGGUCGGUACCAAUUGAAACCUUAAAAAAGUCAAAAUCAUAAAACCCAAACAUAAACCCUAGCUCUUUCACCACCAGACAACAGCCUCCAUUUUCUGCAAUUUCAAGCAACCCCAAUGAAGAUUGUAUCAAGCAAAGUGAAAUCCACCACCCCAACCUCUCUAGCACACGCAGCAAAAUCCCUCUCCAAAUUUGCUGCAUCAAAUCACGAAGCUUCACAUGCCGUUUCCUUAUACCUCCAACGUGCUGCCGAUUCCUUCAACAAUCUUGUUAAGGUUCAUGAAAAACUCAGCCGUGAAAAGAAGCAUUCUGCUAAUGACAUCAAAGUUGAUGAAGUUUCAGAAAGUAAGCAAAUGGAUUUAAAGGUUGAAGAUGUAGUGACGAAUGAGGAAAACAAGAAAAACGCGAAUCUUGGCAAGGAAGAAAAUCCUGAAACGGAUACAAGGAAUAAGAUGAAGAAAUCAUCAAAAAAUGAUAAAGUGGGCGAAGGGGAGCCAGUAAAAUCCAAGAAAAAUGAGUUGGAGUUUGUUAAAAUUGAGCAUUCUGAGGAAAUUUCAGAAAGUAGGCGUGAUCACAAGAAGAAUCGGGAGGUGGGUUUAGCGAAUGAAGGUGUAAUGAAGAAUGUGGAUAUUCCAAAUGGGUCUCGAGAAAGUAAGAAAAGCAAGAAUCUUGGCAAGGAAAAUGAGGCCAAGAAGUUGAUCAAGACUGAGAAACAGCUCGAUAUAUACCAAGGAGAGACAGUAAAAUCCAAUGUUAAAACUGAUAGUUCCGCGAAAAUGGAACUGGAGCUUAAGGAAGUUAAGGAAGAUGGCGUGACAAGUAAAGAUAAGAAGAAGAGGAAAAAGAAAAAUAGAGGUGUUGGUGACAGUGAGCAGGAGGUGAAGAAAGUGGAAGAGGACUUGGGUAAUAAGACGGAGGAGGAAGGGCAAAAGAGGAAGAGUAUGGAUCCUGAUGCUUGUGAAAAUGCUGGUUCAACGGAGCAGAGUAGUAAGAAAAAGAGUAAAAACAGAAGAGUUGAAGGUGAAAAGUAAUUGAAAUUAGUUGAGUCGUAGGAAUAUUUUUGUUGUUGUUGCUACUAUUGUCGAGGAUCAGAGUUAUGCUUUUCUGUUUGCACCUGAGGAAAUUUGUUCCCUGUGGAUAUCAUUGUUAAAGCUGUAUGGAUAUAGUGGUUCAAGUAAUCCUUUUUGAGAUAUGAUUUAAUUUAAAAUGAUUAUGGAUCUAGCGAA